GGCCUGAUUCCUGACCUGGUUAUGAAGCUGCGCACAGAGCUGGACGAGAUUCAGGAGCUGAUAUUGAAGACGCUACACUUCUGUUUGCUUGUGGACACUAAGCAUGCCCUGCACGCUGAGGGCAUAUCAGUGCUGAAGACCAAGCUCAAACACAGCUCUGCUCUCAUCAGGAGUCUGGCUGCACAAGCUCUCAUAGACAUCAGCGUGCCCUUGGAAGGGAAGAACAAAGUGUGUGAAGAGAAGGUGAUUCCAAUCCUGGUGGAGCUGCUCAGUGACCCAGAGUCUGAGGUCAGAGCCUCAGCAGCAGGAGCAUUGAUGUUUGCCACCAUUACAACACAAGGGAAAUACGAGGCUCUGAAGGCAAAUGUCAUUCCAUCCUUACUGCUCCUGGUGAAUGAUCCGGUAAAUAAAGUGCGGCUCAAUGUCAUGAAGGCCAUCACAGCAGUGUCUGAAACUCCGGAGGGGAGGAAAAUCCUGCUGGAUCAUGUGGAGCUCCUACAGGACAAACUGAAGGACCCCAGUGAGGCAGUCAGAAGGGCUGUCAAGAUCGCUAUCGACGUCAUCACCUGGAAACCCUAGGUGCAUUAGUGAAAAUGUGGGCACCUUGGACCUGAUAUACUCACACCCCAUCUUCUAACCUUGCUUUCCCUCUUUUAUUUUGAAUCAUGUUCACAGUACCUUCUACGUAUAAUCAUUCCCUCUCCAUUACAGCCUGUUGUUUUUUAGUCAGGUUCCCAUUAACCUUUGCAAAUCCUUCAUUGUGACAAAGGCUCGCUGUUCUGAAAAAUGAAUCCUGUUCCUCUCCCUAAAGAUGCCGUUUGAUCUGCCGAGCAUUCCCAACACUUUCAGUCAUUAUUUCAGACUUCCAGCUCUUUGUUCUGCUGUUAGUUUGCUGUUGCCAUUGCUGGUAUUUUGUGGUUUCCUCAUCUCAAUCCUCUCUCUCUCUGAAAUGCUGUCUUGUACAGCUGGCAUGAAGCUCUGCUUUCGCCUUGUUAAACAGUGACCACCAGGAAUUCUCAAUCCACUUUGUUCAGAGCUGUCAAAAUAAUAACUUGCUUUUAUUACCAAUAACUGGUUGAUUAAACCAAUUUCUAAAGCUUUCUUUUCUUUAAAUAAGGCUGUCUAAUGCCACCUGUCAUUCUGCACAAUCUUUUUCCAAAUUCUCUUUCAAGUUUUUCCCAUGUCUCUUUUUGUCUUUGUUUCAUUCUCUCAUGCUUACACUCUCACUCCCAUUUCCCAUCUCUCAAUGUGUUGCUGUUCUGUGCACAUCAAGUGUAAUGAAUGCGACAGUAUUGUGCUGGGUAAUUUGGCUUUCUGGUAGACUGGACACAGUUUGUUAAGUUGAAAUAAACUACAAAUAUCACUCA